CGUAGUGCGCAGACCAAUCGGAUUCCGGGCAAGCGGCACCACCGACCCCAUGGGGAUCAAUCCCCGCAUCUUGGCCCUCGUGGCGCCUUCACCCUUCCUGGGCGUGACCAUCUGCCUCGCUUACACGACUUAUUCCAAGAAAUUUCGGGGGAGUGGUGGCCGAAGGCAGGGCAUAUAUAUCCCUAAUACACACACCCCUUGUACACCUCAGCACUCUGCCCUUUUCCUCUUUCCUCCUCACCAGCAUCGACUGGUGAAUCUGCAUCGCGAAUUUUUCGUAUCGCGUCAGAUUCUUGGUGAAGCUCGCAAGCCAACUGCCCUUCAUCUUACUGGGCUGUUAUCACAAUGGCUACAGUGCAGGACCCCGCGAUGGCGGAGACAGGGCCACGACCAGUGACAUCUGAUGGCGGCAUUCACUUGACGCAGCAUCAGCUCGUCGAGAACGCUGUGGCAGCCUCCGAGGCCGAGACCAAACUCCCCCGUAUGGAACUUUUCAGGAAAUACCGCCCCGCCGCCAUCUACUCUGCCCUUCUGUCUAUGGCUCUGAUUAUGGAGGGAAUGGACGUCGGUCUGAUCAACAACUUUUUCGCUCAUCCUGCCUACCAAAAGAGGUUUGGCAACACCAUCGAUGCGAAAGGUGUAAAGGUUGUCUCGACCCAAUGGCAAACGAUCAUCGGUGCCGGUAACAACGUUGGCUCGAUCAUCGGUCUCCUGCUCAACGGUUAUCUCCAGUCCCGCUUCGGUUCUCGCAGGGUGUACUUGGGCGCAAUGGUCCUCAUGACUGGCACCAUCUUCGUCCUCUUCUUCGCACAGAGCGUUGAGAUGCUCCUUGCUGGUAACAUCCUGUGUGGUAUCCCAUGGGGAAUUUUCCAGACUCUUACCACCGCCUACGCUGCCGAAAUUGCCCCGACUGCUAUGCGUGGAUACCUGACCGCCUGGGUGUCUAUGUGCUGGGGUGCUGGUUCCUUCCUGGCUGCUGGUGUGCUUAAGGGCACCAUCACCAUCCAAGGCGACGCGGGCUGGAAGAUCCCCUAUGGUCUCCAGUGGAUGUGGAUUCCUCCUCUAUUUGCCGUUGCCUGGUUCGCUCCAGAGUCACCUUGGUACCUCAUUCGCCGCGGCAAGAUCGAGGAGACUGAGAAGAGUCUGCGUCGCCUGGCCAGCCCUGGUCACUACACCGAGCAGUCGAUGCGCGAGACCCUUGCCCUCAUGAAGCACACCAAUGAAAUGGAGAAGCUGGAAGCCAAGAACGCCAGCUACGCUGACUGCUUCCGCGGUGCGAAUAAGCGCCGCACGAUGAUCGUCUCCAUGGCCUGGAUCAUUCAGAUCUUCAACGGUCAGUCCAUCACCAACUACGCCGCCCAAAUGCUCCGCAAUAUCGGCAUGAGCCCCACCGACGCCUUCAGCUACACGAUGGGAAUCCAGUCAGUCAACAUUUUCGCCACCGCGAUCGCGAUUGCCCUCAUGGGCUCAGUCGGCCGCCGCACCUUCUACCUUUACGGUUCGUCAUCUAUCGGCCUCUGCAUGCUCAUCGUUGGUAUCUUGGGCUUUGCCAUAAAAUCGGCCAAGGACGUCGCCAUCCCCGUUGCCGUGUUCCUCAUCUUCGUACAGAUUGCGUUCAAGAUCUCGCUCGGCCCGACCACAUACGUUAUCGCUGGUGAGAUGGCCUCGUCUCGUGUCCGCGCCCAGACCAUCGUCAUUGGUCGCUCGCUCUACGUGUGCGGCCAGAUUGUUGUGCAGCAGCUCAACCCCCGCAUGCUCAACAACGAUAAGACUGCAUGGAACUGGGGUGCGAAGACGGGCUUGUUCUACUUCGGCUUCUGUUUGAUCUGGGUCAUCUGGAUCUUCUUCUUCCUGCCCGAGACCAAGGAACGCAGCUUCGCUGAGAUCGAUUACCUGUUCAAGAAGGGGGUAUCUGCUCGCAAGUUCCGCACUGCUCAGGUCGACUUGUUCGAGUUCACGCCAGAGGAGAAGAUUUCCGACGAUUACGAUACAAAGGAUGCCGUGGAGAGGAUCGAUGAGAUCCGUGCUUAAAUUAGCUGGACAACCUGGUAUAUACUGUAGCUGCUCGCUGGUAUCUAAUGAGUAUUAUGUAAAGACGUAAUACAGCCUCAGUCCCUGUUCAAGUCUGUUCUCUGCACAAGAAUAGCUGUGUGUCUCUGAUGCUCUGGAAUCGCUGCCAGAGGGUAUUGCUUACAAUGUGAAUGGGACAACCACACAGUACAGCAACUUAGGAAAUUCCUCGGAGCGCAACCACAAGAGGCGCGAUCAUGCAUCAGUAUGGAUGCCACGGAGCUUCCAGUGUUGUCG